CCAUAUCACAAAAACCACCAGCUACGAUGAUCCCAGAAACGAUUUGGUGGAGGAGAGUCCAAAACCUAGACUGGUUACUUUAAAAAGACAUCCUGAACUAGGGUUUGGAUUUGUAGCUGGCAGUGAAAAACCGGUUAUAGUUAGGUUCGUUACUGAGGGAGGACCUAGUGAUACUAAACUUUUACCCGGUGAUCAAAUUCUUAAGAUAAAUGAUGAAGAUGUUCAAAAUGGUCUUAGGGAUUAUGUAAUACAAUUGGUGAGGUCUUGUAACGAGACAAUCACCUUAUUAGUGUGUCAGCCUCCGCUUGACAAUUCGGCCAGGAAGUCAGCUUUGUUAAGUUCAGCAAAAAAGGCCAAACUCAAAUCUAAUCCUUCUAGAGUGCGUUUUGCGGAAGGAGUUCUCGUAAAUGGUUCUCCAUUAUGUCCGGUGUCUGCGUUCAGUGGAGGUGACCCGAACAUAGCCUUGUUACCUAAUGUGCUCAAAGUGUUCCUGGAAAAUGGACAAACCAAAUCAUUCAAAUACGACUCCACGACUAAAGUAAAGGAUGUCGUGGCUUCGUUGCAAAACAAACUGUGCAUUAAGGCCGGAGAACACUUUGCGUUAGUUCUCGAACAAGUCAAAAGCCUCCGUAGGCAUAAACUCACGUUACUGGACCCCGAGCACACUUUGGCAAGGGUUGCGUCGAGGCCAGGAUCCCACAAUCUCAGAUGUUUAUUCCGAGUGGCAUUCGUACCCAGAGACGCUUGCGAUUUGGCUCAAAAAGAUCUGAACGCAUUUGAAUACUUGUACUUGCAAUGUUGUAAUGACGUGGUUCAAGAGCGCUAUGCCCCGGAACUCAAGUACGACAUAGCUUUGCGGUUAGCCGCAUUACAUAUCCACCAACAUGCUAUGGCCAAUAAUAUACCCUAUUGUAAAGUCACAGUCAAAGCUAUCGAGCGAGAGUUUGGAUUAGAAAAGUUUGUGCCUAUAUCGCUCAUGGAGUCGAUGAAACGGAAGGAAUUGCGGAAGUUACUAACACAUUUGUUGAAACUCAACCAAACAAUGACGGGUACCAAUUACAAAACACUUACGGCGUUACAGGCGAAACUUUACUACUUGACCAUCAUUUCCGAAUUGCCCAGUUACGGCGCAAAAUGUUUUUCGACCAAUGUCCGCGACURCAAUUUGGAAACAGUGAUUCUAGUCAGUCCUAAAAUGGGAAUUAGUCAGAUCGUGGGACUGCGCAACAGUAUGCCAGUGCCUUUGGCAGAUAUUGAACAAGUAACGAUGGUUAAAGUACAAAAAGACGAUCAAAUUUCAAGUACGGUGACGUUGUAUUUACAAAACACAGUACAAAAGGAAGUCAACUUUUGUAUGGAGGACCGCGAUACCGACGAAUUUAUACUUGUUUUAAAAGGCUAUUUUAAACUUUUGAUGGCCAUGAAUUUGCCGAUCGACCGGGAAGGUGAUUUAUUACAUACGGAUAGUGCACCACAAUAUUAUUCUCAUCAUAUUGUUAAACCGUCACUUUGGAGUUACGGCCCGUCGACUAUGCACGCUCAAGAACAAGAAAAAUUGACUAAUUUUUCUUUUUGUCCGAUGUACACUCCAUUCAARCAUGAAAUGCUCAAACCCAAUGAUUACGGAUCUUUAAAUAGAACAAUAUGGACUGGCAUGCAAAAUGGAAAUGUAGAUAACAAUAUGAACACAAUGUCUUUAAAAAAACAUCAAAAUGGCCAUUUAGGAUACAAAUCGAAUGGGGGUAUAAAAGAUAAAUCAGGAAUCGACGUCCAAAGCGUGGUUUCCAUGGAAAUAUUGGAAAGCGACAAUAGCAGCAGUGUAGACACCCAUAACGAAGAGGUGCUGAGGAGAGUGGCCGAGAUGCAAGAGUUGGUGGAAAACUCUGAACAAUAUCUGAACAGACAUCAGCGGGAGUCUAGCGACUCGGACGGUUCUCACAUAUCGUCCGACGGUUCGGUGUCGUUACCACCGCCCCCUACCAACCUGGGACAGCUCAAACACAGCGAUUCGCUACUGUUACUAGCUCAAAAGGGCUCCGAGGACAGCAUAACUGCAGCAGUGCAAGCGUUGAACUUGGGAGAUCUCGAGAGCGACACGGAGUCCAUCAACACGCCGUCGACCAGCCCUUCCCACCGGGAACGGAAUUCCAACAGGGACUCGGACAUAAGUUUCGGGCUGCACAGUCCGGAAGGGCUGGCACCGAAUUCGGGACACGAAGCCUUGCAGGAACUGUGGAAAAAUCUGCAAGAAGACAACCGGUCGUUGCCCAGAAGCAGUCUGUACUUGGAGCCGGACUUAAUAGACUUGACGUUGAUACCACCGCCCAUUGAAGAGGCCAAAAUCAACCAGACAAACGGUUCCAACACCGGUAGCCAGUGCAGUCUGCCGCCGACGUUGUUCGCCGACUACGACCACCAGCAGAACGCGGAUCGAUUUUUAGACUCUGUACUGGAUAACGGGUUCAAAAACCACACGAAUCUCAUGAGCCUGGACCUAGAGUCGUUCCUGGCCACAAUGACCAUACCACCRCCGCCCUUGCAACAGGCUUCCGGUGACGGGCGGCCGGAAGAGAAGCGGUCCAACGCGGUGCUGACAUCCGAAGAGAUAUCGUCGUUCAUAAUACCGCCACCCCCUCCCAAAGCGGUGGUACCGCCGUUGGUAUCGACGUCGACGGCCGCGGACGGCGUCGCCGAACACCAACACCGACGACCAGUCGGCUCCGGUGACGAGACGGUCGACCGCUGCCGCCGAAGCGUCGUCCAGGCAAAGCCCGCUGUCGCCGGGACGUCUGCCAGCGCGGCCACCACGCCGGACGGUCCAUGCGCGGCCACCAACGAGAAGACGCUGCCCGGUUUCUCGUGCUGUUCGAGGCCCAGACAGCGGAGCCCGGACUCACAGCCGCCGUGCCUGCCCACCCGGGCGCAGAACAUGACGCUACCCCGCGUCAAACCCAAGGUCCCGCCCAGGGUGGACUCGACGCUUUCGACGAAACCACCGCUGCCGCCGAUGCCGUCGCAGGAAACGCUGAUGCGGAACGGUUGCUAUUCGACCAAUAGGGACGCGGUUGCUGUUAUCAACGAACUAACGGGCAGAUUGAACGAGUUCGGUGAACAGUGUAACACGGCCCAAGCUCAAGGCGGCGGCACGCACCURGACGAAGCCAAGUUUCAGGAAGCCAAAGACAUACUGUGCCAAGAAGCCAGGCAACUGGUGACGUCCUCGAAAAUCCUGAUUCGGUGCUACAUGAACCCGAGGAGCGCCGAGUUCCAGGCGAACCUGUCGCAAUGCGUGACGCAACUGCGCCGGAUGACCGUGCUCAGCGGCAACAUGACCAGGCACACGUCGUCGCCGCUACAGACCCGCAACCUAAUACUCAAGGUUGCCGACGUGAUGCGCACGUUCCACGGCCUGCUGGUGGACACGGACGUGUGCACGGAAACGCUCACCAGGCACGCCGAGGGGCUGGCCAACGUGCUGGCGAAACUGUUGCGCAGCCUCCGGGUGUUCUCGCCAUGACGACGAACGUCGGUCGGGGCUGCGGGUCCCGACUAGUUGUCCAUGCGACGGGUGUCGUCUUUUCGUCGGCGUACAACCGGAAAACGGAAGAAGAAAAUAAAUCCGAUUGAUUUAUUUUUUUUUGUACAUAAUUUUAUUAUUAUUAGGUAUGGCAAGCCUCAAGUUUGUUUGUUUGUGUGUU